AUGGAUCCCUACAAGCGGUCCCGAUACGAACAUGGGAUAGAUGCGAAGAUAGUGUCACGACCUCAUCUGACACGUGUGUUUUGCGCAGGCGUUGGCAAGACCAGCCUAUUGCGCCGAUAUACCCAGGGCAAGUUCGACCCGAAGAAUACCACGUCGACGACCGGCGCUUUUUUCGUUACCAAGAAGGUGGACAUUAAUGGGAUGAAGGUCAGGCUGCAGUUGUGGGACACGGCGGGGCAGGAGCGGUUCCGGAGCAUGGCGCCUAUGUAUUACAGGGGAGCGAACGCUGCUUUGCUCUUGUACGAUAUCACGAAUGCGGCGAGUUUCGACGACGUCCGCGGCUGGUUAGAAGAAUUGAAGAAAAACUGCACGCCUGAUCUUCUCAUUUACAUUGUUGGCGCCAAGGCGGAUUUGAAGGAGAAACGGCAGGUCACGUCUGACCUUGCCCGCCUCCAACUUCACAACUGGUUCCCCCCUCCCCGCCCGCCAUCUCCCCCUACGCCCCCGCCGCAACCCUCUACCUUUUCCUAUAUUCGUCCCCGAUUCACCUCCUUCACGAGCGCGCGCUCCGUCCCACUCAACUCCCCAUCCCGAGCUAAGUCACCUCCCCGCGAGCCGUCCUACAUCGAUGCACCAGAGGAACGGUCCGAGGCGACUUUCGGUUCCCGCUUUGGUUCGCACUUCGGGUUGCGGACAGGGUGGAACGAGAUCCCGGACACCAAUAGCAACAGCCUGGACGAGGACGAGUACGAGGAAGAAGACGAGGAGUGGGGGACGGGCAAGGAUAUGGUGCUAUACGAAGUUUCCGCGAAAGAUGAUUUUGGUAUCCAACAAUUAUUCGACAGUGUGAUUCAAGCGAUAAUCGAGCGAAGAGAUGUCAUCGAACGAGAAAAUGAACUGAAAAAGCGCGAUAGCGUCUUUUUGUCGUCGAGUACGCCGACGUGGGCGGCGCAGUCGGACGACGAAGAUGCGCUGGAGGAGAAGGGUCGCACCACCUCGUCAUGGAGUUGCUGCCAGACAUGA